GUAUUUUUGCUAAUGAAUUCAAUGUAAUACGAUCUCCUGAGUCAGUGGUUUUUCGUCAGGGAAGCUGGCCGAUACCUGGAGAACGAAUUCCUGAUCUGGCUGCAUUAUCCAUGGGCUUCUCUAUUGAGGAAGACCUCUCCUGGCCUGGACUUUCAGUAGGUGAUCUCUUCCGACGUCCUCGAGCUACAGUUCUGGUCACAGUAACAGGGAUAGACAAGUUAAUGCUACCUGAGAAUGGUAUCUCUUACCCAGUUGAGAAUGCAGUUCCUUUCAACCUGGAUGGUGUUGCAAAUGCCAUUCAUACUUUGUUUUCUGAGGAAAUCCCCGUAGUAGUACAGCUUGCUCCUAUUGAAGAGAGAGUAUACAUGGUGGGAAAGGCAAACUCUGUGUUUGAGGACCUUUCGGUCACACUACGACAGCUUCGGAAUAGAUUAUUCCAGGAUAAUUCAAUUCUGGCUUCUCUUCCCCUCAAUUCCCUGAGCAGAAACAAUGAGGUUGAUCUGCUGUUUCUGUCAGAAUUACAAGUCCUGCAUGAUAUCACAAGCUUGCUUUCCAGGCACAAGCAUUUAGCAAAGGAUCAUUCACCAGACCUGUACUCUUUGGAGCUUUCUGGGUUGGAAGAAAUUGGUAAGCGGUACGGAGAGGACUCGCGGCAGUUUAAGGAUGCCGCUCAAAUUCUUGCAGACUCACUGCAAAAGUUUGCAGAUGAGAUGUACAAUCUCUAUGGUGGCAAUGCAGUGGUGGAAGUGGUCACUGUGAAGACCUAUGACAUACCCUUUGUGAGGAAGUCACGAUCUAUCUUAGAAACCUCACAGACUGCUCCUGGAAAUCAGUAUAACCUAGGAUAUCAAUACAACUUUAACUAUGCUGUGGUCUUCAACAUAAUUCUGUGGAUCAUGAUAGCCCUCAUCAUAGCUGUGAUUGUUAUUUCCUACAACAUCUGGAAUAUGGAUCCAGGCUAUGACAGCAUCAUUUACAGGAUGACCAACCAGAAGAUCAGGAUGGAUUAAGUAAA